AUGUUGGUUGGUUGCGUUAACGAGGAAGAGAUAAUGCGAGUAUAUAAACAGCUUAAGAAGCACUUUGAUAUCAACUGUCUUGGUGAAGCUAGACAAUUUUUGGGUUUGGAGAUUACAAAGGAUCCAGAAGGAAUAUACAGCUUGAGUUUACAUUCACAUAUUAAAAGAGUCAUUGAGACAUUUGGCAUGAAGGAUGCCAAAGUAACGCGAACUCCAAUGGAUCGAGGCUACAUGAAAAACGAAAGUAAAAGUGAAGCAAUGAAAGACAUUACCAUGUACCGUAGUCUAGUUGGUGCUUUAAUGUACAUCGCGGUCUGCGCUAGACCUGACAUUGCCGUCAGUGUUGCGAUUUUAGGGCGUGAGUUCAGUACCCCGUGUGUCAAAGACUGGAUAGCAGCGAAACGAGUUCUCCGACAUUUAAAGGGUACAGCUGAUUGGAAGUUGAGACUAGGUGGAUUGAAUAAAGGCGAUCUUGAAGCAUUUUCUGAUUCCGACUGGGCGGGAGAUCCAACAACUCGAAAGUCAACUACUGGAUUUGUAGUAUUUUUCGCAGGAGGAGCUGUUUCAUGGGCAAGCAGACGUCAAAGCUGCGUUAGCCUCUCUUCUAUGGAGGCAGAAUACGUGGCUUUGGGAGAAACAUGUCAAGAAGUGAUAUGGCUGAGACAUCUGUUGGAGGAUUUGGGUGAAAAGCAGAAGAAAGCUACUAUAAUACAUGAAGAUAACCAAGGAUGUCUAACUUUUGUGCAACUUGAAAAAACUAGCAGAAGAUCGAAACAUAUCGAUACGAAGAAGUGCUUUAUUCGUGAUCUUUGCGAGCGUGAAGUUAUUAAACUGGAGUAUUGUCCGAGCGAGAUGAUGCGUGCAGAUAUUUUCACUAAACCUUUAGGAUGUGUGAAACAUCAGAACUUUACAACUUUAAUCGGUCUUCAAAGCAGUCGAGGUGAAACCGCUGAGGAGGAGUGA